AUGCACAAAUUCAAAUGGAAGAACAGGUUUCCAAAAACAAUUGUCGAAGAAGAAAAGGAUAGUGAUGAUGGAGCUUUAGGUGGGGAGGAUGAUGAAAAUAGUGAUGAUGUUGCUCAGGAGGUUGAUAAAAAUGCCGAAGAAGAAGAAGAAGCAGAAGAAGAUGAUAAAGAAGAUGAUAAUGAAGAUGAUGAACAUCUUGAAGAUGGUGAACAUGGGUUGAAAAGUGAAACACAUGCAACAGUUGGAGUUGGAGACAAGCCUAUUCACUUUGGAUUGAAGAAGUUUGCUAUGAUGACUGGAUUGAACUGUGGUGCCAAACCCAGUAAAGAAGAAAUGAACAAAGUAAUGGAUGAUGGCGAAACAUUCUGUGACAAAGUUUGUCAAUCUAGCAGGAAGGGGGUGGAAGCAGAGAUGCUUUUGAAACAAUUGAAGUCCGAGAUGUUUCACACAGAAGAGAGGUUUAAGAUUGCAUUGGUAUGGUUUGUCCAUUCAGUCUUGCUUGCAAGGGACAACAUAGCGCACGUCGAUAAGAAGUGGAUUUGUAUUGCUGACAAUUUGGAAGUUUUCAUAAAAUAUCCAUGGAGCAAGGAGUGUUUUGAGCUUACAAUUGAGUACUUGAAGAAGGACAUGUUUCCAAUUUAUAAAUCAUAUAUGAGCAGGAGUAAGGAAAAUAAAAUCUCUGGUAAAAAGUCUAAAUCGGCUAGUUAUGCCCUGUACGGCUUUCCAUGGGCAUUCAUGAUACGCCGCGAAUCAAUUCUGCUAUUUGGUCGUAGUGCCGAAAAAUCAAAUGUCGUACCGAUGCUGAUGCCAAGGAUGUUGAGAUGGCACAUCAAGAAAGUGAAAUCUGACUCUGAUUGGGAUACCUAUAAGUAG